AAGCUCAGUUACCCAAAACUGCACCAAGAGGUGGCUAAAACUACAGGACGGGCGCCUUCUCACCUCUGGGCUGUACAUGCAGCCCCUAAAUGAAAUAUGUGUAUUGCUGCCAAUUUCAAAUCUAUAGGAUUGUUAGGUAGUAACAAAUACAAUUGAAGAAAGGAGAGUUAAAAAGAUUGAUCGGGGAAAUGGCGAGCUUGAGGGUGGAGAGAGAGACGGAAACGGGAAAGAUUAAGGAUCUUUUCCCUCCACUCAUUGCCGCUCAGAUCGACUACCUCCUCCGCCAUUCUCAAUUGCCUAUCAAGGUUGAUCAAAUUUACACUGGUACCAAAAAUUCACGUUAUGCAGACCGCUUCUCAUUACUUAUACCAUGUUGUCUUGAUUAUGUUAAAUGGGAUGUUGUCUAUAAUUGCCAGUACCCUAUGGCUGCACCAGAUAUCAUCUUUGGACCUGAUGAUGAGCGUUUUCAGCCUCUUUCAGCCACAGGUGAAGAGCAGGAAACAUAUCAGUCAAUUUGCAGAAUUUUGUGUGACUGGAAAAUAAAAGAUGCUUCAGGGCUUUUGCAACUUCUCCUUGAAUUAAGGCAUUUAUACAUGGGUUAUCAGAGGAAACGUGUGGAGGAGCUAGAUGAUCCAAGAUUGAAAUUUGAAAUAAGCACCAUCAUCCCCCGGGAGGGAGUGGAGAUUUGCUUGUUAUCUGGAGCUGACAAUCUAGAAGAGGUAAAGUUUGCCGUGCGCCUCGUGGACCUUGACUUAAGCAAACAGGUCCUUGGAUGUCUAUUGAGACAACAGCAGCAGAUAUUCUUACAGGUCAUCUUUCCUGUAAGGAAAAGACAACCUGCACUGCCAUCUGCUCCACAUCUCAAGUUGGUUUCUUCAACAUCAUUGAAGGAUUUAUUUGAUGUUGAAGAGAUGAAGCUUCCAAUAUGGGUGGAUGGGAUGUGCAUGGCUGAGUAUAUUCCUACUUUGGAAGGAAACCUAAAAGCUCAGUUGUCGGAAGCAAUAACAUCAGUCAAUUUACGAAGAGCAUUUGUUGAAGCUUUAGUUCCACAUUUUGGCAGGCCAUUGGAGGCAGAGACGGUGUUUUGCAGGAGGGUAUCCGUCCUUGCUGCAACAGGACCCUUCACCUUCCUGGUACAUUUCAUCUUACCAAUCCAAUUUCCUAAACAACAACCAACCUUGACAUUUCAAAGUUCUCAGCAUUUUGAUUCACAAGGAAUGCCAAUUACAUCUCGCCUCUAUAGCGAUUAUCCAUGGAGCCCGAGAUGGGAUGUAUCUCAAAUGACGCAACGGAUAUUUGAGUUCGUUGUUGAUGAAUGCAUAAAUUUCAAGCAAUAUUGUAGCGAUGCUCUACAAUUUCAUCGCUAGCCAUGGAAGAACACAAUUUCUUUUAUCAAUAUUGGGGUUCGCAACAAAUAGUGUUCUUCUACAGAAUAAAGCAUCUAAAUAUAUUUUGAUUUGCCCCGGUUAGCUCUUCUAAACAUUAAAGCGUACGAAAGAGAUGUGAUUUAUCUGUCAAUAUAGAACGUCAAUCUUGUAACAGCGUGAUUCAUCUACUGUUAAUUUACUAUUUUAAUAGUAGUCUUUAUCAAGGGUACAAACUAGAAUAUUGGAAUGGAGUUAACCAUUGUCCUAGCAGCUGCUGCAUCUUUUAUUUAAAAUCAUUAUAUAAUGGUUACCUUGGCUUAUGUAUUUAAAUCGAGUAGCUUUCAAGUUUAUAAUAUCCAGUCAAUGUUUGCCGAA